UCACUGCUUGGGCUGGGAGGGGGGGGCGAUCUUUCCCCAUCACUCACAUCUUUGUUCAUUGUUCACUGAGUGCAAGGCAGGCGACUUAAAGAGAGGAAAAAGGAGGGAGAGAAAGAGAGAGGCAGAGGAGGGGGAAGAAGAAGAGAGAAAGAAGAGGGGCGUGGGGGGGCACACCCGUGUCCCCUCCCGGGUCCUGUUGGAGGGUGAAAUAGUAAACCCACGUACGGAGGGUCGCCAGGAAAGUGGACAUUACCGCUUUAAUUAACUUCGAGAUGCUCCGGCGGCGGGACCUGGCGUAGCCGUGACGCGCCCCCAUAAAUCUGCCGGGGCUGCUCCAAGAACUCAUACAGUAGCAGCGUCAGAUUCAACGCGCGCCUCCCCCGGCCGGAGUCCAUUUGCAUAAUUGGAUUUUUUUUUUUGCCUCCUUCCUCCCUGAAACUUAUUUGAAAACCCAAGUGAAAACCGCGACGACCUGCACACUCAAAAGCAAGUGCCAAGUAAGUGCCCUGCGGUGGCCUCCGCGCUCCCCGAGUUCCCGAAGGCCACGGCUUUAAGAGCAUCCUACACACCAAGACGAAACUCCGUGGCUUUAAGACUCGCCUGGGAGCUGGGGCCCACCCCUCUGGCCGUCUUUCAGCAUCCAGAGUAUCUUUUCUGAGGACACAUUCUUACUAGACUGACAGUCCUUGAGUCAAGCAUGCAGUGAGGGUGUUAAGGGAUGGAAGAAGCGAGUCUGUGCCUUGGAGUGUCCUCGACGGCACCGGAAGCUGAGCCUCAUCUGAGCGGCCCAGUCCUCAAUGGCCAGUAUGCCAUGAGCCAGAAGUUGCACCAGAUUACUUCCCAGCUCAGCCAUGCCUUUCCUGAGUUGCACCCGAGGCCCAACCCAGAAGAGAAGCCACCUGCGGCCCUUGAGGAAAAGGCCCACGUGCCCAUGAGCGGGCAGUCCAUGGGCAGCCAAAUGGCAUUGCUGGCCAACCAGCUGGGCCGCGAUGUAGACAACAGCCUCAAUGGGCGUGUGGACCUGCAGCAGUUCCUCAAUGGGCAGAACCUAGGAAUCAUGUCUCAGAUGAGUGACAUUGAGGAUGAUGCCCGAAAGAACCGGAAGUAUCCGUGUCCUCUGUGUGGCAAGCGUUUCCGGUUCAAUAGCAUCCUCUCCCUGCACAUGCGCACUCACACCGGUGAGAAGCCAUUCAAGUGCCCCUACUGUGACCACCGCGCGGCCCAAAAAGGAAACCUCAAGAUCCACCUGCGGACCCACAAACUGGGCAACUUGGGGAAGGGGCGCGGGCGGGUACGUGAGGAGAACCGUCUGCUGCACGAGCUGGAGGAGAGGGCCAUCCUGCGGGACAAGCAGAUGAAGGGCAGCCUGCUGCAGCCGAGGUCUGAUCUCAAGCCCUUGGCACAUGCCCAGCAGGCCCCGUUGGCCACCUGCAACUUGACCUUGCCUCCUAACCACAGCGUGCCCGACGUAGCCCAUCCGGCACCGUCCCCCAAGCCGGCCAAUUUGCAGGAGGAUUCGGUGACCCCGGCUGCGGGCUUCCGAUGCACCUUUUGCAAAGGCAAAUUCAAGAAGCGAGAAGAGCUGGACCGCCACAUCCGCAUUUUGCAUAAGCCCUACAAGUGCACCCUGUGUGACUUCGCAGCCUCCCAGGAGGAGGAGCUCAUCAGUCACGUGGAGAAGGCACACAUCACUGCGGAGUCUGCCCAGGGCCAAGGCCCCAAUGGUGGGGGAGAGCAGUCAGCCAACGAGUUCCGCUGUGAGGUAUGUGGCCAGGUGUUCAGCCAGGCUUGGUUCUUGAAGGGCCACAUGCGCAAGCACAAAGACUCUUUUGAGCACUGCUGCCAGAUCUGUGGCCGGCGCUUCAAAGAGCCUUGGUUCCUGAAGAAUCACAUGAAGGUCCACCUCAACAAGCUGUCAGUGAAGAACAAAUCCCCCACUGAGCCUGAGGUGUCGGUGCCUAUGGGUAGCCUGUCCCAGGAAGCUCAUGCCAACCUGUACUCUAGGUACCUCUCCUGCCUGCAGAGUGGCUUUAUGGCCCCGGACAAAGCCAGCCUGAAUGAGCCCUCCCAGCUCUAUGGUAAGGGAGAGCUCCCAGCCAAGGAAAAAGAGGUUCUGGGCAAGCUACUGUCGCCCAUUUCCAGUAUGGCUCACAGUGUCCCCGAGGGGGACAAGCACUCCCUCCUGGGCUGCCUCAAUCUCGUGCCACCACUGAAAUCCAGCUGCAUCGAGCGGUUGCAGGCAGCUGCCAAGGCUGCAGAAAUGGACCCUGUGAAUAGCUAUCAGGCCUGGCAGCUCAUGGCCAGGGGCAUGGCCAUGGAACACGGCUUCUUAUCUAAAGAGCAUCAGCUCACGCGCAACCACGAAGACCCUUUGGCAAACGCCGGAGUUCUGUUUGAUAAGGAGAAGCGGGAGUACGUGUUAGUGGGAGCAGAUGGCUCCAAGCAGAAAAUGCCUGCUGAUUUGGUUCACAGCACUAAAGUGGGCAAUCAGAGAGACCUGCCAAAUAAGCUCGACCCUCUAGAAGGCAGUCGGGAAUUCUUGUCACACGGGCUCAACCAGACGCUCGAAUACAACCUGCAGGGUCCCGGGAACAUGAAAGAGAAGCCCACGGAGUGCCCGGAUUGUGGACGGGUUUUCCGAACCUACCACCAGGUGGUCGUGCAUUCUCGAGUCCACAAGCGGGACCGCAAGAGUGACGAGGAUGCUCUGCACGUGGGUGUGGGCCUGGAGGAGCGGCGAGGCUCAGGCAGUGACCAGGAGUCCCAGUCAGUGAGCCGCUCCACCACACCCGGCUCCUCUAACGUGACUGAGGAGAGUGGGGCCGGAGGUGGCCUGUCGCAGACCGGAAGCGCCCAAGAGGAUAGUCCACACCCCUCUUCACCAUCUUCUUCAGACAUCGGCGAGGAGGCCGGGAGAGCCGGCGGCGUCCAGCAGCAGGCGCUGCUUCGAGACAGGAACCUGGGCUCGGCCAUGAAGGACUGCCCGUACUGUGCGAAGACUUUCCGGACUUCCCAUCACCUCAAGGUCCACCUGAGGAUACACACAGGUGAGAAGCCUUACAAGUGUCCUCACUGUGACUACGCUGGCACCCAGUCAGCAUCCCUGAAGUAUCACCUGGAGAGACACCAUCGGGAGCGGCAGAAUGGAGCUGGCCCACUGUCAGGACAGCCCCCGAACCAGGAGCACAAGGAUGAGACCUCUAGCAAAGCGCCUAUGUUUAUCAGGCCAGACAUCCUGCGGGGAGCUUUUAAGGGUCUCCCCGGAAUCGACUUCCGAGGUGGUCCUGCCUCUCAGCAGUGGACAUCAUCCAGCAUGCUCUCCUCUGGAGACCACUCAGGGCAGGCCACUGGCAUGUCCUCAGAGCUGUCUUCAGAUGCCCUAAAAGGCUCCGAUCUCCCUUCCAAAAGCUCCCACUUCUCAGAGAUCGGGAGAGCUUAUCAAAACGUUGUGAGCAACGGUGUGAACUUCCAAGGGUCCCUGCAGGCAUUCAUGGACAGCUUUGUCCUCAGCUCUUUGAAGAAAAAGGACAUGAAAGACAAGGUCCCAUCCGAGGCCCAUUCUAUGAAAGCCCACACUGCUGAGGGCGGCGAGGAGAAAGCAAGCGUGAAGCCCUCCCAGCGAAAGUCUGAGAAAUCUCAGUACGAGCCUCUGGACUUGUCCGUGCGGCCGGACGUCACCACUCUCCCUGGCUCCUCUGUGACCAUGCAAGACAGCAUUGCGUGGCACGGCUGCUUGUUCUGCGCUUUCACCACCUCGUCCAUGGAGCUUAUGGCCCUUCACCUCCAGGCCAACCACCUCGGCAAAGCGAAACGCAAAGACCACCCCACCGGGGUGACAGCCAACUGCAAAGAACAGGUGCGGGAGGCCGGCAAGGUCUCCGUGCUGCCUCCCAUACAAUCAAACAAAGAGAUGGCCCUUUCCAGCACUGUCGGCGGUGUGCUCGACUCUGCACCCGAGAAGAUGGCCCAAGGACCGGCCAAAGAGACUCUAGGGGACCAGAAGAGCGGUCAGUGGCCCAGCCACAUGGACCCCGCCUUUUGUACCUUUCCAUCUGACUUCUACAAACAGUUUGGCGUUUACCCCACCAUGGUUGGCUCAGGGGGCCCCGGCUCCUGCCUCAACAAGAAUCCCGAGGGGAAAGCCCACCCGGAAGAUGACGCCCCGAUCCUGAUCCCGGAAACCGCAAACAAAAACACUACUGAUGACCUCUCGGAUAUUGCCUCCUCCGAGGACAUGGACUCCUCCUCCAAGGGGGAAAACAACGAGGAGGAGGAGAUCGACACCGAACCAGAGAUGAUGAGCAAGCCACUGUCUGCUCUCAGCAAAGACGGCAGCCAUGAGGGCGGUGAAAGCCUGCUGCCCCCAGGCGCCCCCCAGCCCAUCCAGGGACUGGUCUCACCUUUAGCCCAAGCAGCCGAGGAACAGUGGCACGGCCCAGGCCUCCUUCCUGCCCAGGACCCCUCGGCCGGGCUGCCCAAGCCAGAGCGGGGUCCCCCGGGCUUGGAGAAACCUAUGAGCAUGCUGUCGGUCCUCAGGGCCUACAGCGCCGAUGGCUUAGCAGCCUUUAACGGGCUUGCAAGCAGCACAGCAAAUUCUGGAUGUAUCAAGAGGCCAGACUUGUGUGGUCACAGGCCUUUCCAGUGUCACUACUGUCCCUACAGUGCCUCGCAGAAGGGGAACCUCAAGACCCACGUCCUCUGCGUUCAUCGAAUGCCUUUUGACAACAGCCAGUAUCCUGACCGCAGGUUCAAACGUUCCAGGGUUGACUCGGAGGCUUCUGGGAAUUUCGAGGAGGCUGCGGCUGUGAAGGCCGGGAGCUUUGCUGAGCUCACGGAUGAGAGAGGCAAAGGCCAGGAGGAAGGCAACUGAGCAGAGCCGUCCACCACGACACUCCUCUCUACAGUUUUAAAUCACGCAUCUGGGCUCACCAGUUUGCUAACUGCAUUCCAAGGGGGAAAAAUCAUGUACAACCCCUCACUAGUGUAUAGAACGUUUAAAAGAAUUUUAAAAGAUAUCUAUCUAUAUAUAUAUAUUAAAAAAAAAUCCCCCAGCCCUUGAACAUGGCUGCUACACUGUUACCCAGUAACAAGAACUUCCAAGAAAUGCAGGUGGGAGAAAGAGAUUUUAGAAAUGGCCCCUGUGUCCUUCAAGUUCUGAUAGCUGGAGGUCCUUCUAACCCAAGAGUCAUCUUUGUCCAAAUAACCCCAAACAAACAAACAAACAAACAAACAAAACAAAACAAAACAAAUAACAAACCAACAGCUAUACCAUUCGAGUGAUUUAUCGUCUCCUCGAAGGGUCUGUGUUCUCCUUCUUAAAAACACCUCUAUAACCUGACACCGGCUGCCUGCCGUCAUUCACCCACCGUCCUAAUGAGAGGAGCUGGGAGGUAGCUGAGGUGCCAGUCAGACUGGGGCGGUCACUGCAGGGAAAUCAAUUCACAUGGUGUCACUCUGCACUCUGGGAGAAAUCCUAGCCGGCCCCGCAUGCAGUCAGGGAGCGCCAGGCCUGACCAGCGCUGCAGAGGCUGGUAAUCUAAAGUGUGCUUAAAAAAAAAAAAAAAUACACAGCCGGAUGAAUCAGUGGUCAGGAAGUGUCUGCAGACAAAUGUCCUUUGCAACUUUGAUGAGUCAUUCCUUUUUUUUUCUUUUCUUUCUUUUUUUUAAAAUAUCGAGUUGCAGUACAGAAAGAAAUGUAUUUCAUUUUAUUAUUUUCUGUCCUGGAGAAGGUUUGAUAUCAAAAACAAAUUGUAGGAAACAUUCUAGAAACUGUUACUAGGAAGCCAGAACAGCUCUACUCUCUGUAGAAAGUUCUGGUGACUGACAGCAAUUUGUUUGCUAAUGGGAAGACUGCCUUAGAUUGUGUUUAAAAACAUUUUUUUUUAUUUUACUAAAAUGAAGUCUACCCUGGCCCUUGUUACUAGAUUUCUACUUUCAUGUGUUACUUUUUAAGUGUUGUGGGCAUGAAUCAAGAUUUUUUUUCCCCUCCAGUGAGCUCUUCGAACAUAACUUGUAUUAAAACACGAACCAAACGCCCAGAUGUCUGUCACUAAUGAAGAAAACAGUUUGAGUUAGAAUGUUCAUUUCUUUGAAACAAAUGUGUUCUGUAUUUCUGUAGAUUGUAGUGAUUCGAACACUCAAAUUUUACCAAGCUCUGCACCACACUGAUGGAGAUUUUGAGGGUUGACAGGAAAACACUCAGUUCACAAAACAAAACAAAACAAACAAACAAACAAAAUACAAAAACAAAAGGUAUAAGAAAAGUCUCAGAAGGAUUCUUCUGGAAUCCGGUAGAACGCUGUCAAAGUCCCCGCCUGCCUUCUAACACACUUCCUUUGAGUGACAUGGAAUUGGUACUGUUGCUUGUGACGGUGGAGACGUUAGUGAGGUAUUAACUUCGAAAACGAAAUCAUUUAGACUUGGAGAGAGAGAAAAAAAGUCAAUAAUUCCUUUUAGUCUGGGAGCACACUAUAAAACCCCAGGGCCUUAAAAACUUCAACUCUGCCUAUAGCAGUUUACAAAAGUACUAAGCUGCAAUCAAUGUAAAUAAAAUUCUUAGCACUAUCCUGAGACUGAAUUUCAGGCUAAUAAGGAAUCCGGUUUGCAUAUGCUGUCGAAAGGGUGUCAUCCGACCUGGGUUUCACUGGGAAUGCAGCCACUGGGCAGCGUGGACCCAUCUGGCAUAGAGCAAGCUGCUUUCUUGCUGGUUUUUGUUUUUUUCCUUUCUUUUUUUUUCUUUUCUUUCUUUCUCUUUUUUUUCUUUCUCUGCCCCUUCUCUAGAAUAGUUCUCACUGCCUUACUUAACCCGAGUUGAUGGACUGUGGCCGUCUCUCUGUGGUCCACAGGAGGCCUGGAGACGCUGGUGGAAAAACCGUCUGACCGUAGUGAGCAUUUAGGGUUUUAACUGCACUGCUGUGUUUGGUGAUUGUGCCAGUGGCUUGCUUUCUGUGUGUUUGCCCCACCUGUGGUAUCUUAGCAAAGAAAACUUAAAAAAAAAAAUAAAAGAAAAGAAAAAAAUAAUAAAAAGGGAAAAAAAGUGGGAAAAAAAAAAAAGAGAGAGCAGGAGAGAGAUCCACAUUCCGUGUCUAGCACUUUGGCGCUGGUGCAGCAUCUUUUGUGCCCUCCAAGCAUCCUCCGAUGCUACAGGCAAUAAUUCUGUUUGUGACACUGGGAGCACCCUCCCCUUCUUUGUGGCGUGCGUGUUGAUCCCAUUUUGUCCUGUCCUACUAGCUGCCCCCCACCCCCUCUCCCUCUGACACAGGCUUUCUUUCCGGAACAUUUGUGACUCGUAACACAAGCCCGUGGCAGCCUCUGUGAUGCAGCGUCAGCGUCGCGUGUCACCGGGCUCUCGUAUCCGCACACCUCAGCCCUCACUCCCCCCCCCCCCGUGACUUCUGUAGUCUGUGACGCUGUCCCCAGCCCCGUCUACAUUCUAUCUUGGAGGAACUCUGAGAUCAUAGAGUAGAGGAGUUUGUCGCUAUGCUUGUAACAAGUAGAACACUUUGUAUUUAAAGUUUAUUCUUGGUCAUUAUUUAUUAUUAUAAUACAUCAGUUGACAGAACUUUAUUCUGGUAUAGAAAGUAUUAAAAGUUGUUUUUUUUUCCAGCGAUGACUGUUUUCCUUUCUGCUGUUAGGAAUAAAAUGUCUUUGAAGCA